AUGCAGUCCGGUAUCACAGUCUCCUCGGAGCUGCAAGAUGCUUUCGCUCGCUUCAACUCCGAUACCUCCACCUUCUGCCUGCCCGUAACCAUCACAGCAGAGACCCUCACGCCGCUGAACCCGAUUCCCUUCCAGGGUACACCGUCCGCGGACUCCUUUUUUCGGCCCUUCCGCAACUCUCCUCUGUUCUGCAGCCUAAGACACCCAUCUACCUCCCUACUCCGCCGCACCAAGUCCUCCUCGACCUCCCUCAUUGCUCUGACGUACAUUCCAUCCAAUGCCCCCGUGCGAGCAAAGACACUCUUUGCCUCGACUCGCUCAACACUGACUCGCGAGCUUGGCACGGAGAAGUUCGGUUCCACUGUCUUUGCUACUGAGGAAGACGAGGUUCUGGGCCAGGACGCCUGGCGCGAGCGUGAUGGCGAGGGCCCCAACGCCAUCAGCCGCGAGGACAUGAUGGGUGAGAAGGAACGGGAACUCGAGGCUGUGAGGAAGGCUGAGGCUGAGGCCCGCAGCGGUACCCCUGGUAGAGACAUUGGCAUCGGUGGAACUUUUGGACCUGGCUCCGGCUCCGGAAUGAGGGUUUCUAUGCCUGUUGAUGAAGCUGCUAAGACGGCUCUUAGAGAUCUACAGGACGGUGGCCUUGUUCAACUGACGAUUGACAUUCCAACGGAGAAGAUCAUUUUGGCUGACUCCAAGGCUGGAGUCGAGGCGAGCGCCGUUGCCUCUCACAUUUCAUCCUCCUCCCCACGAUACUCCUUCUACCACUACCCCGGAUCUGAUGUCGUUGUUUUCGUCUACACCUGCCCCAGUGGAUCGUCGAUCAAGGAGCGCAUGCUGCAUGCCAGCUCGCGGAGGAACGCCAUCACGGUGGCCGAGCAGGAGGGUCACAAGAUCUUGAAGAAGAUUGAGGCCUCGGGCCCGGACGAGAUCACUGAUGAGCGUUUGCAAGAGGAAGUCAACCCGCCACGAGACCAAGGGCCUGCGCGAGGAUUCGCUAGACCUCGUCGUCCCGGUCGGUAA